UUCGCGAGCUGUAGAGAAGAAGACUUCCCCGUGGAUCUGAUCUGACCCGUGCGCUGGAGGAAUGCGGGAUGAACGAGCGUCUGGCUGAUCGCAGACCUGCUGAUCGUUGACAUCAUGGCGGCGGAGUUCAGUAACCUGACGUCGCUCAUGAACAACGUGAGCGAGUUUUCCAACCACACGCCGAGAUGCUCGUUAACCAAGACCGGCUUUCAGUUUUACUAUCUCCCCAUCGUCUACAUCAUCGUGUUCAUCGCAGGCUUUAUCGGGAACAGCUUGGCCAUAUGGAUGUUCGUGUGCCACAUGAGGCCCUGGAGCAGCAUCUCCGUCUACAUGUUCAACCUGGCGCUGGCCGAUUUUUGUUACGUGCUCUCGCUUCCGUUCCUCAUCUUCUACUACUUCAACAAAACAGACUGGAUUUUCGGAGACGUCUUAUGCAGACUGCAGAGAUUCAUCUUCCACGUGAAUCUCUACGGAAGCAUCCUGUUCCUCACGUGCAUCAGCGUGCACAGAUACUCCGGCGUCGUGCAUCCGCUCAAAUCGCUCGGGAGGCUGAAAAAGAAGAACGCCGUUCGCACCGUCGCGCUCGUUUGGUUCGUAGUCGUGGUCGGCAUCUCUCCCAUCCUUUACUACUCGCGAACCGGCCCUAAGAAGGGGUUAACGACGUGCUACGACACCACGACCGAAGACGAGCUGCCUGGAUACUUCAUCUACAGCAUGUGCAUGACGGUGUUCGGCUUCUGCAUCCCGUUCAUCAUCAUCCUCAGCUGCUACGGCGGCAUCGUCAAAGCCCUCAUCUGCAACGACAUGGACAACGCGCCGCUGAGGAAGAAGUCGAUAUACCUGGUCAUCAUCGUGCUCACGGUGUUCGCCGUGUCCUACCUGCCUUUCCACGUCAUGAAGAACCUGAACAUGCGAGCCAGACUGUACUUCCAGAGCGCGGACAUGUGUGCCUUCAACGACCGCGUGUACGCCAGCUACCAGGUGACCCGCGGCCUGGCCAGCCUCAACAGCUGCGUGGAUCCUAUCCUGUACUUUCUGGCCGGAGACACGUUCAGACGCAGGCUGUCCAGAGCCACCAAAAAGUCCUCAAGGAAGGGAGAUCACCCCCUGCAGUCCAGGAGCGAGGAGACGGUGCUGAACAGCCUGCCGGAGUACGUCCAGAACGGGGACAAGCGCGUCUGACCUUCCCUUCGACCGAUGCUUUAUAGAGAUUUAUAAUGUUCUUUAAAGAAGUCUCUUCUGCUCAC